AUGAUUUAACAGUUAGUUCUUGUCAAUCACAUUAAUAUCAACACAAAAUGGAAACAGCAUGGAAUUACUAUAGCUGGAGGAAAUGGACAUGGUAAUCAAUUAAAUCAACUCUCUUGUCCUUGGAGUAUCUAUGUUGAUGACGAUCAUCAAACUAUUUAUAUUGCUGAUUUCUGGAAUAGUCGUAUUGUUGAAUGGAAAUAUGGAGCAAAGAAUGGCCAAAUUGUUGCAGGUGGAAAUGGACAAGGAAAUCGAAGUGAUCAAUUGAAUGGUCCAACAGAUGUGAUUGUUGAUAAAAAGAAUGAUUCUCUCAUCAUUUGUGAUUAUGGAAACAGACGAGUCGUACGAUGGUCUCGUCAAAAUGGUACAAAUGGAAAAACAAUCAUUUCUGACAUUGAUUGCUGUGGUCUAACAAUGGAUAACAAUGGAGAUCUUUAUGUCUCUGACUACGAGAAGAAUGAAGUGAGAAGAUGGAAACAAGGAAAGAAAGAAGGAACAAUAGUAACAGGUGGGAAUGGAAAAGGAAAUCAUCUCAAUCAACUCGAUGGUCCUACUCAUAUCUUCGUUGAUGAAGAUCAUUCAGUUUAUGUAUCGGAUGAUAGAAAUCAUCGUGUGAUAAAAUGGAUGAAAGGUGCAAAAGACGGUAUUGUUGUUGCUGGUGGAAAUGGUCAAGGAGAUAGUCUCAAACAAUUGUUUGGUCCUGAAGGAGUGAUUGCCGAUCAUUUGGGUAAUGUUUAUGUGGCUGACUAUGGCAAUAAUCGAAUAAUGCGUUGGUGUCAAGGAUGUAAGGAAGGUAGUAUUGUUGUUGGUGGAAACCAAUAUGGAGAUAGACCAGAUCAGCUCUAUGAGCCCAGAAGUUUAUCAUUCGAUGAUCAAGGUAAUCUCUUUGUUGUCGAUGAGGAUAAUCAUCGAAUACAAAAAUUUGAAAUUGAUUUAAAUUAA